AUGGCCAUGACCAUGGGAAUCAAGAGCAUGACGGGCGAUGCUCAUUUCUUUGAUGAGACUCUAAGUGGGGAUCGAAUUCGUAAAUUAUUGGAUAAUAAACUCGGUGUUGCAGGUCAUGGGGAAAAAUUAGAAGCCAUGAAAGCCUUACUUGCAAGUAUUUCUAAAGGAGAAGACGUGUCAAUGUUUUUUGCCGAUGUGGUUAAAAAUGUCAUUGUUGCAAGCGUGGAAGUUAAGAAAUUAGUGUAUAUGUACUUGGUUCAUUAUGCAGAUGCAAAUGCCCAGUGUCGAGAACUUGCGCUCUUGAGUAUCAAUAGUUUUCAAAAGGAUUUGGCCGAUCCAAAUCAAUUGAUACGAGCUUUAGCUCUUCGUGUUAUGACAAAUAUUCGAGUUUGUGAUAUUUUACAACUUCAAAUUUUAGCAAUUCGCAAAUGUGCGGCGGAUGAAUCCGCUUAUGUACGAAAAUGUGCAACUAAUGCAAUUAGUAAAGUAUUUGGUCUCGAUCCGGAUCAGAAACACGUGCUGGCGGAUAUUAUUGGAACUUUAUUGAAUGAUUCGAGUACGAUGGUCUUGGGAAGUGCGGUACAAGCUCUUAGUGAAGUGUGUCCUGAUCGAUUGGAUUUAUUACAUCGACCAUUUCGAAAAUUAUGUCAUUUGUUGGCAGAUAUUGAUGAAUGGGGACAAACAGUGACGUUGAAUAUCUUGAUACGGUACUGUCGAGAACAAUUUCAGAUGGUUGAAAGAGCUACAAAUGAGAUGGAUGGAGGUUGGAAGAAAAAAAGGACAAAACGAGACUUUUAUUCUGAUGAAGAUGAAGAACAAGAUGAUGAUCGAAAACAUGAAGUGGAUGAAAUUAACAAGUCUACGAACAAGAAUCAUGGACAUAGUAGUAUGAAGCAGUCACCAUUUUUACUUGGAGGAAAGAGUGUGAGAGGAGAAAUGCUUCCGUCAAUUGGCUCCGUGUUCCGUGGUGAUGUACUUGCAAGUGGAAUUGAAGGUGGAGACGAGCUGGAUGAAGACCAUCGACUGUUACUACGCUCGUCGAUUCCGCUUCUUAAGUCGAGAAAUAGUGCUGUGGUGCUUGCAGUAGCUACGUUGCAUUACUACUGUGGCACGCAUAGCAUGGCGACGUCUACGCUCAUUGGCAAGUCGCUGGUACGUAUCAUGCGCAACCAGCGUGAGAUCCAGUACGUUGUGUUAUCGGUCAUUUCGUCAAUGGCAACAUCCCGUCCAGACAUGUUUCGCCCGUUCUUGCAGGAGUUUUUUGUACGUGCGACGGACCCGGCUUAUGCCAGGAAACUCAAGCUCGAGAUUCUGACCUCUCUGGUUACGGACGACAACGUGAGCAUUAUCCUGCGAGAGUUUCAGGCGUAUGUCCGCCAUGUAGACAAGUCCUUUGUGACCAUGACAGUCCGCGCUCUUGGACGCGUGGCGGAUGCCAUGGCGGUGGUUGCGGAGCGCUGUUUAAACGGACUGAUGCGCCUUGUUCGCUCUUCAAACGAGCAAGUUGUUGCUGAAAGCGUGGUGGUGAUUCGCCAGUUGCUUCAGCAGCAGGCAAUCAAGAAGGACCGCCUUCUUGUCGUGCGCUCUCUGGCUGCUAUGAUGGUGAGUGGUCGUGUGACUAGUCCAUUAGCUCGUGCUUCGAUUGUUUGGAUGCUUGGCGAGUUCAAUGACGAUGAAAAUGGAACUACGUGCGCGGCUGAAUCGCUACGUUUGCUAGUGAAAGACUUUUCUGAUGAAUCGACUGAGGUGCGUCUCCAGCUUUUGAAUCUUGCAGUAAAGCUUGGACUUCGCGAACCCCACAAGCGUACCAUUCAGCUUCUGCUCCAGUAUGUGAUUGAGUUGUGCAAGUUCGACAUGGACUACGAUGUGCGUGACCGUGCCCGUUUGAUACGUGCUGCGUUGUCUGGAGAUGCAAGUAUUGUAAACCCACACAAGUUGUUUGCGAGCAAGAAGCCAGCACCAUUGAUUGGGUACGAUGAUGAAGCCAAGACACGCUUUACGCUAGGUUCACUAUCGAAUGUUGUGCGCCACAGUGUUCCUGGAUAUCUUUUUUUGCCGAAGUGGCGUUCGACCAGGCCGGACCGAUCGCUGCGUGAUGAAUCCUCUAUUGUUGAUACCAACCGGGGUGAUCUGUCCCGUCCUAGUGUUAAGGCUACGAAAAAGAAAGAAAGCAAAGGUGACGCAAAGGCAUUCUACAGUGACGAUAAUUCAUCUGAUGAUUCUUGGUCAGAGUCAGAACCGGCGUCGGGGUCAGGGUCGGAUUCGUACUCUGGCAGUGGCUCGGACAACGACUCCGAAAACAGCAGCAGCGAAGGUAGUCGAUCUCGUUCCGAGUCAGCAUCUUCUAGCUCAGGUUCAGAAAGUGAAGCCUCCUCAGAAGAAAAUGAUGCUGACGAAUCUUCGGAGGAGGAAGAUCGCACGCGCCGUCAGCAAAAAGGUGGAAAGGUAAAGUCGCCACAGAAGCGUUCACAGGCUAAGAAGUCAAAGCCAGCAAAAGCUUUUGAUUCGGUCGAUUUUUUGGGGUCACCAUCGGGGAUGACUCCGACAAGCCAGGCGUUUGCGCCGACGACUUCUUCGACAGGCCUCCAUUCGAACCUCUUAGGUGAUUUGAUGAGCCUAAGUGUCUCCUCAUCGACGUCACCGCCUCCACGUCGUGAACUAUUGUCCUCGCUUGCUGGUAAUGGGUUGGACGUUCACUAUGCGUUUCUGCGCCAACCGUCGACGCACUCUCCUGGUAUGAAUGUCAUCCAGCUGUGGCUAGCAAACAAUUCAAGCGAGCCCAUUUCGUGCGUUCAAGUCGUUGGCAAAAACCCUCAGCAAGUUGUUCCGUUCCCUGCUCUACCUGUGUUGUUUCCUGGUGGAUCGACAUCGAUGGUCCAGUUGCAUGUGGAUUUCACGGGUCGUCUCGACAAUGUACCUCUUAAGAUUGUCACAAGUGCAGACACGUACGAUGUGGAUCUCUCACCUGUGGUGGGAGAGCUUUUCGUUCCACAACAGAUGAGUUUGGAUGAUUUCGAACGUCGUAUCUCAAUGACGGAUUCGACAUCUCUACACACGAGUGAAUUGACCGUGUCAACCCCAGUAACGCUAAAUACUGUGGUGCAGGCCGUUUUAACCGAUUGCAAUGUUGCACAACUCUAUGAAAUCGAUAACAUGGAUGGUGUCAUUGGCAAGUGCAAGUUUGCUGGACGUUUUCGCAGUGGAGUUGCUAGCGCUGAAAAUGUUUUGAUUGGACUGGAAAUUCAGCUUCAAAGUGGCAAGGGACAAAUUCUAGUCGUUAUGCGUGACUCGGUGCUUUCGCAACGACUUAUCUCGAGUAUCAAGCGGGCGUUAUCGUUGCAAGUCGCAUAA